CAGACUUCACCUAUUAGGUGGGUGGGUGAGUGGGCUACCUUUGGUGGUGCGCACUGAUCCGGUAGGAGGGGAACGUCCUGUUGCCGCCCACCCAGUUAGCGCACGGUAUCGAAAGAGGGCGCCCUCGCAUAACAUCACCGUCAAAAUGGCUGUCAUGGACAUGCUGUCUGUGCAGCAGCAAUGUGAUUUUAGUAAUUUUAAGGAAUUGCAAAGCCAUCAAAUGUGGUGUAAAUCCCUCUUAUCCGCGCGAACUAAAUACAGUGCAACUUAAUCGAUGCACAAAAAAACAUACGGAGCCAUUUGCAGAAGUGGAAAGUCGCUGCAUAUGAUGUGAAUGUCGAGUGCAUGGAAACUGAUCCUCCCGCGAUGUGGUUUGUUCGACGUCGAUGCAUACACUGAUAAGACAAUAUGUCCAGCGCAUAGAUACAAGUUAGGGUUGAGUUGGACAUCAUCAAGGAAAUGUUGUCAUCUACUCCAUAAAGUGAAAGGCAAACCAUUCCGUGGUGGGAAUAAAGCAACUAGCCGUGAGAUGUUUGAUCGAUGGGGUAUCCUGAUCACAGUUGGAACAGGUAUCUGUAGAGGUUGUCUAUCUAAGCACAAACAAACAGUUACGCACCAGACAGCGGAACAAUUACCACCUAGCGAUGUGCUCUCUAAAAGGAACAAGAAGAGCAGCAGUGUACAAUCAGUGAUUUCACAGUACCAUCUCUCCAACCCACCGACACAGAGUGCACUUCAGUUCAUGAGCAUACAUCUGAGUCAUCAUCAACUGAUGGAGAUAUUACAAAGGAUGUAGGUGCACUAGACUCUUCUUGGGCUCCAACCCCCCGACCAAAGAAUGUGGAGCUGCAAUCCCUGAACACUUUCCUUACUCAGGGUGGAAUGUCUGCUGUUGAUAGGCAGCUUCGUCUGUCAUUAGAAGAAGCAUCUGAUAGCACCAUCCGUUAUUAUAGAAGGAAGCCUUUGGUUUAGUUCUUCAUUGUUUAGCACCAGGUCAAGAAGAUGGGCUCAUGAAGAAUUGAAGAUUACCAUCGGUGAAACAACUGCUGAAUCAUCACAAAGUAGUCAAGAUUUUGAUAGUAGUACCCGUUUUCAUUUUUUUUUUAUUGCAUCCUUUUUUACCAACAUUUUUGCAUUAGUGGUUCCAUGUUCUCUUCCUUUACGUAUUUUGUGUUUAAACAAAGGGUUAUCAUGGCUUGUUAUUGGAAGACAGUGA